GUGAUGGUGUUUCGGUGCAAAAACURAGAUGAAGACUCAACCAGUKCCCAGAUCGACGCUAACUCCAAUGGGGYGUGGCAGAGCAUUCUGGACGAUUCUGMUAUUAGGGUUGUCGCUGGCGUCCGCCUUGGUCGUUCCGCMGGCGGGGCUUUCGCCUUCUCCCCGAUCGACGACGUCGGCGUUGGAUCGCCGYAACCACYGUGAACCACUGUGGCCCUGCGCAUCCGCCCGUGGCUUMCACGAACGGAACGGCAACAAACCACCACCAGCAAGGGAUGGCGGCAGCGCCAGAGGGGUUUCUCCGGRAGAACCGGUGCCACCSGGCUCCSAARCGGGCGAGAAUUCARACAGCCAAAGCCCUGGGCGGCGAAAGCUGUUGCGAGCCCUGGGCGGCGUUGCUUCCGCCGCGGUGGCGGGCGCCUCCUUUCCCGCCGAGUCCCUGGCGGGGGAGGUGGGAGCCCGGAUCACGAGGGCCGUCACGACUAGCGACCUGGGCAUYUCGGUGCGAACCUCCGUCGUCAAGGGCGCGCAGAUGGCGGACARGAUCGACGGCCAGUGGGAAAAAUUCAGCGACAAGUACGGGCUUGGCUCGGAGCGAUCGAAACCGAGGGGGAAGGAAAGGGUGGUGCCCGAUCCGYUGCCUYUGAACACCGAGGCCGCCCGGAAAAUCCUAGACGUGUCCGACGACGUCUUUUUGAAGCUGAUGCCCUCUCUGGCACGGCAAAACCUCGAUUCCCGCAUCGAAAAGAUUGCGAGCUCGGCAAAGGCUUCGUUCGAGCGAUCGGGGGUAGUAUUUUCGGUCGGCAAUGGCGAAGGGGUUGUCGCCCCCAAAGAKUUGUUGCAGUUCCGAUCGGCAKCGCAGUUUAAUUUUGUGGUCUAUGCCCACUUCAAGGCCUAUUCCGAACUGAUUCUAGAAAUGGGUGCUAGCAUUGAUUUUGGUCGUUUCCGAACCGACUUCGAAAARAAUGUAGGCCGAGGAUUGAUUGAAAGCUUGCAAUUGGUGGGCGACGAAAGGAAAGUACCUGCAACUMAGCAAGAGCAAGAACCGAGUGUCGUUCUGAAGAACCAGAUUGUUGCCGCACUCGAACAGACGGAUGCAUUGGCUGGCAAAACCCGGGAACUUGGAUUGGUAGCGAACAUCGAUCGAAACAAUGUCGAAUCGAUGGACGACUUGCAAGAUUUCGUCGAAGACGCACUGGCGGACCUUGUCAUCACUGUCAGCAUCGACGGCGACGUUACCUUGCAAUCUCAAAUACUUCUUCAAGAACAAGGUUAUCGACUUUAUCCCAACUUCAACCGAUUUGUGCUGACAGAGAUUUUCAGAGACGCAAUACAGACGAACCAGCAACCACUGUCGUCAAAAACUAUGAAGAGCAGGAAAGACGACGACGAUAUCCAUAAGGUGUCGGUUAUUGAUUAUUACUUCGACACAAGCUACAGCUCUGAUCCMGAGAAAUUCGAAGUGAGGCAGGUCAUGCUCAAUAUAUCGAUCGAAUAAAGAUUCAACAGAGGUUUCGAGGAAACCACUAAUACGUCGAGACUGGAAUUUCAAUAAUAGUGCACUUCACUU